UUCUGUGCUUCCAAAGUCAACCUCCCCGGUGACUGCCAAAAUUUUCCUCCAAAUUCUCCGCUUUUGCUUGGAUUUUCCAAUUCUCAAAAGAUUAAAUUUCUUCAUAUGGGAAUCCACCCUGCCUCUGUCGUAACCCAAAAAUCUCCAAUUCACUAUUGACUGAGUCGACUAUCCUUGAAUUCCUUACCUUUUUCUCUCUAAACAUUGCUUCGCAAAGUAAUUAUUUCACACACAAACUUCUAAUUGGUAGCUUUCUGUAUGCUUUUCUCUUGGAUAGUUUCCUGAUUUCUUAGUUCUCUGCUAUUGAUUUGAACUCUUUCAAUACAAAACAAUGGAUGACAUGAAAGGCAAGUUCAAGGGUUUCAUGAAGAAAGUGAAUACACAAUUAUCAUCGUCUUCCUCUGGUAAAUUCAAGGGCCAUGGUCGAGUUUUGGGUGGUGCCUCCUCUUCUUCAUCAGGACCCACUAACCCUGUUCACGCCCGGUAUUCUCAACCCAUUAACCAAAAGCCAACACCAACCACUUCUUCACUCAAUUCUUCUUCGAAUUCCAAGCCCUUGCCUCAAAAAACACCCAAGUUUGAUCAAAACAAACCUGAUCCUCUUAACAACUCAACCCCAAAUCGCAAACCCGCUGAUGAGUUUUAUCCGUUUGACUCGUUGAUUACUUCUGGAAAAAGAUCUCAAAAUGGCUAUUCAUUGAAUGUGUUUGAAUGCCCGAUUUGUGGACAAUCAUAUAAAUCAGAAGAAGAGGUUUCUAUGCAUGUAGAAAGCUGUGCCAAUAAAAACAACAACAAUGGUUCGGUUGAUGAAGGAAAUGUUACGGGAGAAUCUAGUAGCGGCGAAUUGCAGGCUUCUGUCGGUGCGUAUUUGUCAGGGAAGCCGCCGGCGGGGUCUGUGGAAGUUGCGCUUCGACUGUUCAGAAAUGUUGUUAGGGAGCCAGAUAAUGCAAAGUUCAGGAAGAUUAGAAUGGGGAAUCCGAAGAUUAGGGAGGCUAUCAGUGAGGUUACAGGAGGGGUUGAAUUGUUGGAGUGUAUCGGAUUUGAGCUGAAGGAUGAGGGUGGAGAAAUAUGGGCGGUUAUGGAGGUUCCUAAUGAGGAGAGAAUGAGAUUGAUUAAUGAGGUGAUUGGGUUAUUAGAACCUAGAAAGGUAGAGGAGGAGAUGCAGAAGGUAGAGGUUGCUCCCGCUGGGACAGAGGAGCAAGUUGAGCCAAAGAAGAUUGACAGGCAGAUCCGGGUCUUCUUCUCUGUCCCUGAAAAUGUAGCAGCAAAAAUUGAGCUGCCAGAUUCAUUUUACAACCUGUCUCUUGAAGAGCUGAAAAGAGAAGCUGAUGCAAGGAAGAAAAAAAUUGCAGAAUCUCAGCUAUUGAUUCCUAAGUCUUACAAAGAGAAGCAGGCAAAAGCUGCCAGGAAGAGAUACAGAAGAACCCUUAUACGUUUCCAAUUUCCUGAUGGAGUGUUGCUUCAGGCUGUCUUUGCUCCUUGGGAACCGACUAGUGCUCUCUAUAAGUUUGUGAGCACAUCACUAAAGGACCCCAAUUUGGAGUUUGAGCUGCUAGAUCCUGUAAUGGUCAAACGACAGGUAAUCCCUCAUUUUCCUGCUGCAGGAGAGAGAAUCUCUACACUAGAAGAUGAAGAUCUGGUUCCUUCAGCUCUCAUCAAGUUCAGGCCUAUUGAAACUGAAUCAUCAGUCUUCACAGGGCUCUGUAAUGAACUCCUGGAGAUUAGUGAACCUCUUAAUUGAUUCUGAAGUAUGAAAACAAGUAACUAUAUCAUUACCUGUGAGCGCUUCAGCUCAAGCUUGAAGCGAGCUAUAUUAUAUAUUAGGAGCGGGUGACAAUUUCAAAGUUUUGCUCUUUUUCCAGUUACAUUUUUCAGUCAAAUUGUAUUUUGUAUUCCAAAAUUUUCAUUGGCAAAAAGAUUAUAGUUACCAACAAGUGAUACUGAAA